GAGCAUGACAAAAGCUAUUUUCCCGUUUUGCCCCUGUCAUAUCUGCACUUUUCCUUUCUUUAAACCCUAAAUUCCAAAAUGGGUUUAUCUCAAUCUUUAACGAAAAAAAAAAAUCAAAUUCAACUUUUCAUUUCAUUCAGCUUAGUCCCUCUGAGGGAGCAUUUGGGGGAGCGUCUUUGAGCUCGGCAACCUCUUUGGGGGCUUGGUCUGCUGUGGCCACUUUCCCAAAUCAAAGUGUUAAGACGUCUUCUGGUUCCGACUCUUUUUAUGAUGAACGUGAGAGAGAUGACAUCAGCUAUCGGCUAUUGGCCUUUUCAAAAAGUCUAAGAGGUUCACAGGCAAAGGCAAGACAGCCAAAAGCCAGUUCUUCUCCCAUCCCAGCUAUUCUUGAGCCAUUUGGAGUGAUAAUAAGGUAAGCCGCCCACCGAAGGAUUAGUAAUAAAGGAUUCUUCCCGGAAAUUUGCAAUCCAAGUAAAUGCAAGCGUCGUGUCGUUUCGUUUUUCGCCUCCUUCGCUCCUCCAAACACCCUUCUUCCUCCAUCACUGUCAACUCAUCGUUUAACAAUCUCUCCCAGUCAAUUUUUUUAGACCCUCAAAAUAAGGGCUUUUUUCAAUUUAAUCCCUAUACAACAAUUACCGGACAAUUCAGAGGUUCGAAACGUUUCAUUUUGCUGGGUUUUGUAUUGCCCACUGAUGAUCCCAUCACUUAUCAGCAUCAUACACAUUUUUACUCUUCCCAUCGAAGCUUUUUUACGAGGGCUAAACAAAUAAAGAAGAUUGAAAUCAAUGAUCAGCACAGUCAACGAGCUGUUACAAUUGCAUUAUGGUGCAACUUCCUUGUCUUUUCUCUCAAGUUUGGGGUUUGGUUAACGACCUCUAGCCAUGUUAUGUUAGCUGAAAUGGUUCAUUCAGUUGCAGAUUUUGCUAAUCAGGUAAUGCUUGCUUAUGGUCUGAGUAGUUCAAGGCGUGCACCGGAUGCUAUUCAUCCAUAUGGCUAUUCCAAGGAAAGAUUUGUUUGGUCCUUGAUAUCUGCUGUUGGCAUAUUCUGUCUUGGCUCUGGCGCUACAAUUGUUCAUGGAGUUCAAAACCUGUGGACAUCACAUCCCCCUACUAAUAUUGAGUAUGCAGCUUUGGUUAUAGGUGGUUCAUUUAUAAUUGAAGGUGCUUCUCUUGUUGUUGCCAUACAAGCUGUCAAGAAAGGUGCAGCAGCAGAGGGAAUGAAAGUAAGGGACUAUGUCUGGCGUGGUCAUGAUCCUACAUCUGUUGCAGUCAUGACAGAGGUUGCAAUAUUUCUCAUCCAGCGGAACCGGCAUGCCUUGAUAGGGAGAGCUAUUGAUGAACAUGAUACGCAGAAGGUUCUCCAUUUCUUGAAGAAUGACCUGGUUGUAGAUGCUAUAUAUGAUUGCAAAAGUGAGGUGAUUGGACCUGGGUUCUUCAGAUUCAAGGCAGAGAUCGAUUUCAAUGGAGUGGUGGUUGUGCAAAAUUACCUUGACAGAACAGGACGUGAAGAGUGGGCAGGACAGUUUCGAGAAGCUGCAAAGGAGAAAGAUGAUUCUGCAUUGCUAAAGAUCAUGUCUAACUAUGGCGAGGAAGUAGUCACAGCUUUAGGAAGUGAAGUUGAUCGGCUAGAAAAGGAGAUCCAAGAACUUGUUCCCGGUAUUCGGCACGUAGAUAUUGAAGCCCACAACCCCAUAGACCUAUCAUCAUGAUCCACUUUUUUGUGAGGCAAUAUUUCCACCAUUUUUUUCUUGUUUUUAUAUAUUUAAUGGACAACGAAAAGCAUGCAAUUAAAAUGUCAUUUUAUCAUUCAAACUACAGUGAUAAUCUGGAUAUAUUUAUGGUGAGAUUGUAUUCUGUGAAUAGGGGGAAUCAUGUUUCAGUUUAGGAAGGAACUUUAAUUCUUACAAAGUCUAUUGUCUGAACAAUUGCAGCUGAAUUUAUCACAUGAUAAUGGCCUGUCACAGCUCUGAAAAUGAAGGAAUUUGGUAAAAGUCUUAAGUAGCUUGCAAUGAACAAAAUUGAAAGUUAGAUACAGGUUCAGGAUUCUUGGAUGGAUUACAUGGGUUUUUUUAUGGCCAUUGAUACAUGGUAUUUGCUCAUGCCAAUUACAUUUAAAAUAAAUAAUUUCGAGUCUAUUCCAUUAUAUUUGUAAAUUGUCAUUUUAUUUUUUUUAUUAAAUAUUAAUAACCUAUAUUCGAUUUAUA